AUGGGGGAAAUGAAUAAUAUUCAACCAGACCGUUUCUACGACACAGAUAUACCCUAUGCCACCUGUAAAGGUACAAACUAUCAAAUUGGGCUUCAACAUGGAACGGUUGCAAAAAACCGCAUCCAUCAGAUAAUUCAUGCAUACGAUAAGCUCUAUCAGGAAACAGCAAAAAUUGAUUGGAACCAGGCUAAAACGAGAGCACUCAAGUACAAAAAAUAUCUUUUGGAAGUGUGGCCGGAAAUUGUCGAGGAAAUGCAAGGCAUUGCAGAUGGAAGUGGUGUUGAAUUGAUCGAUAUUGUUACUCUCAAUGUUAGAUCGGAAAUUUGUUUGACCAACUACUCUGAUGGAUGUACCUCACUAACCCAAUUGAACAACACCACCAAUGACUUGUACAUUUGUCAAAACUGGGACUGGAUUGAAGGGGUCAAAUCGUGCUUGGUUUAUCUUGAUAUUCAACAGGAGAACAAACCACGAAUCUUGACUCUUGCAGAAGCAGGAAUUGUUUGCAAAAUGGGUAUGAAUAGUGCUGGUGUGGGACUAAUGCUAAAUGCUAUCAAGUGUGGAGUAACGAAAAUGGGAUUACCAACUCAUCUUGCUGUAAGAAAAUGCUUAGAGUGUACCAGUGUUGAAGGUGCUAUUGAACAAUUGGUGAAGUUUGGAGUUGCUUCGACUUCCAACAUAAUGCUCGCCGAUAAGUCGGGCACAUUUGUUACAGUUGAAGCUUCUCCCAAGGGUUUGUGUGUGAUAAGUCCUGAUGCUCUGCAGACGGUAAUUCACACCAAUCACUUGUAUGGAACACCCAGAUUUGUCAAGGAUUUUCCCGCUGAAAACUCGUUUUGGAGAUUCAAAAAUUGUCAAGAACUCAGGGAAAAUGCCCCAGCAACACCAGAAAGUAUCCGGUCCACACUUUCUGAUACUUUGGGUACACCGUAUUCCAUCUGUAGAGAGCCCAAUUCCGAGGCAAGAGGAAUCGAGGCUAUGGUGACUCUAACAACUACAAUUAUCAAUAUUAGGGCCCUAGAAGGCGAGAUUUCCAUUGGAAACCCAUCAAAGUCUCCCAAAAGAUAUCGUAUAUAUUUCAAUUGA